AUGGUAGAAGAAGCUCCCGCUCCCGCCCCGGCUCCGGCCAAAGCCGCCAAAAAGAAGGCCACCAAGCCCAAGAAGAGCGGCCCCAGCGUCGGCGAGCUCAUCGUCAAAACCGUGUCCGCCUCCAAGGAGCGCAACGGCGUGUCCCUGCCCGCGCUCAAGAAGGCUCUGUCCGCCGCCGGAUACGAUGCGGAAAAGAACAAGGCCCGGGUCAGGCUCGCCGUCAAGAAGCUGGUGGAGAAGGGCACUCUGGUCCAGAAGAAGGGCUCCUACAAGAUGAGCAAGAAGACCGAGGAGAAGAAGGCCAAGAAGCCCGCCAAGAAAGCCGCUCCUAAAGCCAAGAAGCCCGUCGCCAAGAAACCAGCCACCGCCAAGAAACCCAAGGCGGCCAAGAAGAGCGCCACCCCCAAGAAGGCGGCCAAGAAGUCCCCGAAGAAGGCAGCCAAGCCCGCGGCUAAGAAAGCGGCCAAGAGCCCUAAGAAGCCGGCCAAGAGCCCCAAGAAGGCAGUGAAGAAGGCGCCCGCAGCCAAGAAAGCGGCCCCCAAGAAAGCCGCCAAGCCCAAAGCCAAGAAGGCAGCGGCCCCCAAGAAGAAGUAAAGUCACCGCUCACAAAC